AUGGAAAACCUCGUCGCCGAGCAGCUCAAAACGGCCGAAGCCAUAAAAAGGGCUCAUACCAAUAUGAAAAAAGAUUCACCAUCGAGAAAAACCAAAGAAUACUGCGACAGGAAGUUGGCACAAUUAAAUGAAGAAUGGGAAAACUUCAAAGAAACUCAUCAGAAGCUACAAGAACUUCCGAAAACCCAUGAAUACCAUACCAAGGACGUAUAUGGGCAAGCCGAAAAGAUUUAUCAACAAGCAAUUGCCCAUUUGGAAAAAAUUGAGCAAAAACUUCGGGAAGAUGGACUUGCGACGGAAGGAAAUGCCCACAAACCAUUAAUUACCGAUUCCCAAAUCAUCAAAGAACAGAUGUCGAGCAUUCAAUUAUUCUUGAAAGAUCUGAACAAAAUCAACAACCUACUAGAAGAGGAAAGUCAUUACGAACUACUGAAGGUCAAACAACAAAAUAUGGAAAGAAGAUGGUCAGAAAUUGUCUCUCUAGAAAUCAAAAUAAACGCUCUGGGAACAGAAGAUGCAGAGUUAUAUUCAAAAAAUGGAUACUUCGAUGAGGCAAAUGAAAAGUACGAAGAAACCCAAGCCAAAUUAAUAACCACAAUCCGAAGAGAAAAUUCAGCAGGAUCCUCAAAAAUUAAUCUUCCAACUAUAACUAUUCCGACAUUCACUGGACUGUAUGACUCAUGGCCCAACUUCCGAGAUAUAUUCAAGCAACUAGUAGACAACAACAGUUCCUUCGGAGGUGUAGAAAAAAUGCAACUGUUGAAAACAAAUCUCAGAGGAGAGCCCGCCAGAAUUAUCCAACAUCUGGAAAUAUCAUCUUCCAACUACCAAACAGCCUGGAAACUCAUAGAGGAAAGAUACAACAACCCAAGGAUGCUGUUCAAUAAACACAUGGACAAUCUUCUCAAUUUCACCAAUCUGAAUUCUGAAUCAGCAGGAGCCAUGAAGAAAUUACACGACACUAUUAGGGAAAGCACAGAAGCCCUCAGAAACAUGAAUAUAAACAAAUGGGAAGACAUAAUUGCAUAUAUCAUGCUAAGAAAACUGGAUUCAACUACAGCAAAUCUCUACGAGCAAAGUGUAAACAAGCCACGAGAUAUUCAGCACCUGGAUGACCUCAUCAGCUUCCUAGCUCAACGUUUCCAAACACUUGAAGUCGUCAGAACGAAUACAAAAAAACCAGAAAGAAAGUACGAUGAACACCAGAAAAUAAACAGUCACCUCCAGAGAACAACAAAAUGCAGCAUAUGCAAUAAUCUCCACGAAAUCUACAGAUGUGAAAAAUUAAAAAAUCUUAGCUUAGCUGAAAGAGAAGCACACAUCAACCAAAAACAACUAUGCAGGAACUGCCUGAGUCACCACUUCAAACAAAUCUGUCACUGUCGUUCCAGAUGCCAAAAAUGCAACGGUCGCCAUCAUACAAUGCUCCAUCGAGAAAAGCGAAAUGAUGAUACAAAAAGGCCACAUCCUUCCAACCCCACUCAAGAAAGGGUCAAUUCACAUCUGGGACACGCAAAGAACAACCUUCAAGAAUCAAAGACCUCAGUGCUAGCAACCGCCCUCAUCAGAGCUACCAACAAAAACGAUGAAAAUAUAACUCUAAGAGCCCUGAUUGACCCAGGAUCACAAGCCUCUUUCAUCACAACGGCCGCAGCUCAAGCAUUGGGAAAACAAAAAAUCAAACAAAACGCUGAAAUAACCGGCCUAGGAAAUACCGCUACGGAAUCCAGGUGGAAAAUAAAUACGAACAUUACACCCAACUUCGACAGUGAAUUUGCGAUGGACGCUGAGCUCAAUGUAAUAGGCAAAGUUACAAAUAAUAUGCCAUCCACUCACCUUUAUACCAAAAUCAACUGGGACAAUAUACAACUCGCAGAUCCAUUAUUCCAUGUACCAGGUCCAAUCGACGUUCUACUCGGAAUUGACUACUUCUCCAAUGGAACCGCAUCAUCGAGUCCACAACUUCGUGUAACAAGCUUGAUCACGAAUUUGAACGAAAAUUCACAACUCACAAAAUUCUGGAACAUCGAAGAAGCAGAAAAUUCCGAGGAAACAACAAACGACGAUACUUUCGUCGAAGAAUUUUACUCCAACACCUUUCGACGGGACGAGCACGAUUACACUGUGAAACUUCCAUUCAAGAAAAGUAAAACUCAGCUGGGAGAAUCGAAGCAGAGGGCACUGGCACGACUAUUUCAAUUGGAAAACAAGCUGGAUAAAGACGAAAAGCUCAGAACUAUGUAUAAAGAAUUCAUGCAGGAAUACAUUGCGCUAGGUCAUAUGAAAAUUGCUAGCUCAAAUAAUUCAGCGAAGAGGUAUUAUAUUCCACAUCAACCUGUAUUGAAAGAAGAACGUGAUACGACAAAGCUAAGAGUCGUAUUCGAUGCAAGCGCAAAGACAAGUACCGGACUCAGCCUAAACGACAUACUUCACACAGGACCUAAACUACAGCAAGAUCUCAUAGAUAUUCUGAUAAGAUGGCGAAAACACAAAAUAGCCAUAACAGCUGACAUCGAGAAAAUGUAA